AUGGAUAUCAUUAAAACUGUUGUUUCUAUUGAACUAUCGGUUAACCCAAACAUUUCAAAUGAAAAUAUAAUUGAUGCUUAUAAUUUUUAUGACACAUCCACAAAUCAACGAUUUGAUUUCAAUUCAAAAAUUUAA